AGAAUUUACUGUAUAGUGUAGGAAUACAAUCAUAAAAAUUCAGUAAUUCACAAUUCUUUCAUGCUAAAUAUUAUUAUACCUUUUUUUCAAAACACUUUAUGUCAGCUUAUUUUCUGAUUCUGUUAGCAAAAAAUAAAAAAAUAUUUAAAUUCUAACAUCAAUUAAACAAAUUUUGCUACCUGAAAUUAUUUUUCAUAUUUGGUUCAGAAUACACCCUGUUUGUGUUUGUUUCGCUCACAAAGUAAGUUAUAUUUUCACAGGACGCUUAAUAUUACAAAUUCGAUCUAUAUUGAUAAUCUAUCUACGAGCUCCUUGGUCUUGAAUCUGAAAAUGGCUGCUCCUGGGUGUAAGGUUUUGGCAAGAUGUUUCUCUUCGUCAUCAGUUCAGCAGCAGUUGGUCAAGACGCCCAUCCAAGUGUUUGGGCUGGAUGGCCGCUACGCGACUGCGCUGUACUCUGCUGCAACCAAGAUGAAGCAGCUUGAUGCAGUGGAGACAGACUUGCUCAAGUUCCAGGGUCAGUUGAAGACGGACACGAAGCUGAGGGAGUUCAUCGCUAACCCCAUCGUGAAGCGAAGCAUCAAGGCCAAUGCCAUGAAGGAGGUGUGCUCCAAGAUGGCAAUGUCCGCUGCCUCUGCUAAUCUGUUCGGUCUGUUGGCCGAGAACGGCCGCCUGAAGAGUCUUGACAGCAUCAUUAACGCUUUCAAGGUGAUUAUGGCUGCUCACCGAGGCGAGGUUCCAUGCGAGGUCAUUACAUCUAAGCCGCUGGACGAAGCCCAGCGCAAGGACCUGGAGGUGGCCUUGAAAGGCUUCAUGAAGCAAGGCCAGACCCUGCUGCUGAGUGCGAAGGUGGACCCAGCCAUUCUGGGGGGCAUGGUGGUCAGCAUUGGGGACAAGUACAUUGACAUGAGCAUUGCCAGCAAGAUCAAGAAAUAUACAGAGCUCAUCACCACCCCUGUAUAGAAGGUUUAACUUAUCCCCACAUUUUGUAAAUAAUAGAAGUUACAUUAUAUUAAUGCAUCCAUUGCUAAUAAGGGUGUUAUACUUUCCUAGUCAUAAUAAACAGUCAUAAUACUCUGUUGAA